ACGUCACAAGACCGCGUCGCGCUCCUGUAUCUGUUGCGAUUCGGCUAAAGAGCUGUUUCAGUUUUAGUUUUGAUUUGUUUGCUUGUUUUUCAUUAGACCACUUAAUCAAGCUGUCUGACUCUCUCGCCAGUGCACUGACAGCUGAACUAGAGCUGAUUGAGACGCCCACAGAGAUGUGGUUUGUCUCAUCUUAAACAUGACAGAGUGUCCAAAGGCAGAAAAGUCCUGCUGAAGUGACUGAGAUCCAGGUGUCACAGGAUUGUAACGAUGGCUUUAAUUAAAGAGGAGAGAGAAGACCUCACGAUUGAAGAUUCAAUCACAUUGAAACGAGAACAGACAGACCUGAUUGCACUGAAAGAGGAGAGUCAAGAACUGGAUGAAACGGAAGAGAAAGAUCUGGAUGACAAACAUCUUGAUUUUGUGACUGAAAAGCAUAAUCGCUCGCAGACUAAAAAAAAAGUUUCCUUACGAAAAAGAGCUCAGAAGACAGGAUCUAGGAGUCGUUUUACCUGCAAACACUGUGGGAAAAGUUUCAGUCAACAUGAACAUCUUAAAAUCCACAUGAGAGAUCACAAUGGAGAGAAGCCCUUCACCUGCCAACAGUGUGGAAAGAGUUUUGACCAAAAAAGAGCCUUUACGGUCCACAUGAGGAUUCACACUGACAGCGCAUUCACCUGCCAACAGUGUGGAAAAUGUUACAGCAGAAAAGAAAACCUUAGGUACCACAUGAGAGUCCACACGGGAGAGAAGCCUUUCAUCUGCAGACACUGUGGAAAAGGUUUCACUCGAAGAGGAAGCCUUGAAAGCCAUGCAAGAAUUCAUACUGGAGUGAAGCCUUACACAUGCUCUCAGUGUGGAAGAAGUUUUACACAUAGACCAACUCUUAAUGCCCACCAGAGAACUCACACAGGAGAGAAGCCUUACACGUGUUCUCAGUGUGGAAGGAGUUUCGAUCAACUUGGAAACCUUAAUGUCCACAUGAGAAUUCACACUGGAGAAAACCCCUUUUCCUGCAAGCAGUGUGAAAAAAGUUUCAGUCGAAAAGGAAACCUUGACGUCCACAUGAGGAUUCACACUGGAGAUAGCCCUUACACUUGCCAACAGUGUGGAAUGAGUUUCACACAAAAAGGAAACCUUAACAUUCACAUCAGACUACACACUGGAGAAAAGCCGUUUGAGUGCCAACAGUGUAAAAAGAGUUUCACAUAUCAAAGAGACCUGAAACGGCAUUUGCAAAUCCAUUCUAGGAAGCAAUCGAAGUGUCGACCAGUGUGGCAAGAGGUUUACAAAAUAGAGCAAUUUUAAAAAUCACUGCAGGAAGAAGAAUGUAAUUUAGCUCAGUGUAAUAAUUUCAUUUGCCAUCACACUUACAGAUAUACCUGAGAGAAUGUAGAUGUGAGAUCCUAUUUGUGUUCUUUCUGUGGAAAGAGUUUUAGGGUGUAUUCACAUCAGAAAGUCCACUAGUUCACUUGCUUUGGUCCGGUUUCUCUUUCACUCUGCCCUUUUUGCAAGUGAACCAGGAACUGUAAACAAAACAACACGUGUGCUAAGGUCAUCCAUUCAUUGGUUAAGCCAUUCAACUGUACCAGAGUUUGUUUGGAAGCGGACUAAAACCAGCUCCUCAGCUGGGUCUCGGUACGGUUGUUUGGUGCGAUUCCUGUAUUCACACCUGCCCAAAAGAUCUGCACCAAAGGAGGAAAUUAACUUGAGUUUGAUUCAAUCGACCCAAACAAGACCGAUGUGAAUAAACCCUUAAAGAGCUUUUUAAAAUGGCUCCAGGAAAUGGUGAAAGUAGUUUUUUGUGAAUGUAGUUUAUAAUGUACAGAGACAUAGUUCCCAUAUUUAACUCUGUUUAAUACAUUGGAAUCUGCAUUUUAGAUAAAUAAACUUCCAACUUGCUGUGAUUUUACAUAAUUGAUGUAACUGGCAAAUCACAAAUGAAAUGACUUCACUACGGCUACUACAGUAUGUAUUAGUCAGUCUGUAAGGAUUGUUUUUGGGGCACACUUUAAACCAGCCUGCAGCAUUUCACAUUUUCAAUAUGUGUGUGAGAUUGUUUGUCUUCCCGGUGAGUUGCUGAUGUGCAGUAACGUUA